UGAGAAUUGUGUAUGGUAAGAGGUGCAUUGCGCUCUUUGCGGCGAAAACGUGAGUGGAAGGGGGUGAAACUUAAAAAUGGACGGGAGAAAGGGAGAAGGUAAAGGUAAGGCUGAGCUGAUAAUGGCAGCCGAUAAAAAUGAAGGGUUCCCUUCCAUUGAGAGCGUUCUCCCUAAGGCAGUGAAGAGGAGGGUUCACGCCCUGAAGAAAAUGCAGCUGCAGUGCGCUCACAUUGAGGCCAAGUUCUACGGGGAAAUCCACGAGCUAGAGAGGAAGUACGCCGCUCUCUACCAGCCACUGUUUGACAAGAGACGAACCGUGGUGACCGGAGCAGUGGAACCCACAGAUGAAGAGUGUGAAUGGCACAGUGACAGAGAGGAAGAUGAAGAUCUGACGGAGGGGCUAAAGAAGAAGGCUGUACUGGAGGAGAAGAGUGAACUUGGAGAGGCCCCCAAGGGCAUCCCAGAGUUCUGGCUCACCAUCUUCCGGAACGUUCCCAUGCUCAGCGAGAUGCUUCAGGAACACGACGAUCCAAUUCUGAAGCACCUGCAGGAUAUCACUGUGAAGUUUUCUGAACCUGGACAGUCAAUGAGCUUCACACUGGAGUUCCACUUUGAGCCCAACAGCUACUUCAGCAACACAGUCCUCACCAAGCUGUACAAGAUGAAGGCUGAGCCCGAUGCUGCAGACCCCUUCUCCUUUGAGGGCACUGAGAUAGUGGACUGCGAGGGAUGCCAGAUCUGCUGGCAGAAAGGCAAAGAUGUGACGGUGAAAACCAUCAAGAAGAAGCAGAAGCACAAGGGCAGGGGCACCACGCGCACCGUCACCAAGCAGAUGCCACAGGACUCCUUCUUCAACUUCUUCAACCCCAUCAAAGAAACAUCUGGAGAUAGUGAAGUGGAUGAGGACUUGGACUUCACUCUCGCCGCAGAUUUUGAAGUUGGCCAUUUCUUCCGUGAGAGAAUAGUCCCGAGAGCCGUCCUGUACUUCACCGGAGAGGCCAUGGAGGAAGACAUGAGCUGCGAUGAGGAGGAGUACGAGGAGGGAGAUGAGGAGCAAGAUGAAGAAGGCGAUGACGAUGAUGACGAUGACGAUGACCCCAAGGCAUAGUCCUCUCUCCCUUCAUGCGUUUCUAGACAGACGAGCCCCAGCCUGCUGAGUGCAAGCAGCAGUAAGGUGCAGAUUGGACCGUUGAGCCGUCCAUCAAACUGGCCCCCUUCCCCGUGAUACAGCAGGAUCUUGUCCUUCCGCAGGAGGCGGUCCCUACCAACCCCCCAAAAAUGCAUCAGCAAGCCAAACACUGUUCAGAAAUAUGUAACUGUGUCUAUAUUUAUGUUUAUUUGUUGUUGUUGUUUAUUGUCUUUUAAAAUGUGCUUUUGUACAAGGGUGACCCUGCGUUCAGACCCACCAUCCACAGUUUGUGCUGAAAAUGUGUAAACAGGUGUGAAAAGCCUAUGUGACACUGGGAUUCCUGUCAAAUUACCACUUCUGAAAUCCUUCCAUUUCAGACAUAUCUCUUUCUCAGGGUCUUUUACACCAGUUCAAGCAGAACUGAACCCAAAGAUGGUUCCAAAAAUGUUAUUGUCUCUCGUUCUUUGUCUGUGUUGCAGUAUCUAUUUAAAGAAAGGUGUUUUUUGAGUUGUUGUUUCCCUUUCCCAGUGCCGGUGGCCCACAGUCGGCGACAGUAUGAUGCGUUGUGUGGAAAGACGCAUCAGCUGUUGAGUUUUGCCUUUGCCUUUGCUUAGCCAGGCUCAGUGAUAUCUGUGUGCUGCCUAAUUGUAUCUCUAAAAUAACAAUGAUAAAUUAGAGCGUUUUUUUGAAUUGUAUUGUAAUUGUAUGUUUUUGUUAGUUAGUUUUUUAACACACUCUCAUAUAGAGUAGAUGUGUCAGAGUUAUGAUGAGUUUGACACUUUAAAGGGCAAUAUUUUUGUCAUAGUCAAGAUGUGCUGUCUACGCUCAUCUGUGUCGUCAUCAUGGCAAUGUUUUGGUUUCAUGCUAUCCUGCACAGGAAGUAAUUGUGGAGAUCGAGACCCUGCCCACCUGUGUCUGUCUAACAUUCAACAAUAAUACGCUGCCAGGAAGUCAGAGGUUACCUCAUGAAUGCCUUUGACCUUGGGUUGUCGAGUUCUGUUACUGCGCUUGUGGUGGUGAAUUCACUCAUAUGCAUGUCUGCCUGAAAUGCACAGUGACUAUGGGAGAGUAAAUCUGGCUCUUGGUCGGCAGGUAGUUGGGCAGAUCUCUUCAUACCAUAACAAACUCAUUUGUGACCAUGAACUAGCAAUGGCCUUAGCUGUUUCCUCUCAAAUUUGUUACGUAAUGUUAUUUUUUUAGUUUAUACUGACAAGUCAUACAACUAUAUUCAAUAAAGUUUAAAGUUGUGCAAAA